AUGUCUGUUUCACGACAACGUUGGCGGGUCAUCCUACCGUUACAAUCCGUUAUUCACCCGCCAGUUCCCUGUGCACAACUUGGAUUCCGCGAUUACUCCAUCUUCGAGGAUUGGAAAGGGAGUUCAGCGGAGGAUCAUACACGCAAGCGGUCUAAAAGAGGCGAUACGGAGGAUAUACAUUCAAAGGAAGCAGCCUCCGGGUUGAAGGAAAGGGAAACAAACCAGGGUCUUGCAGACGACACCAAGUCACAGGGAAUGACGGAGAGGGGCGGGACCAAGUAUAGCAAGAAGGCUAAAGAGGAACACCCCAAAGCGCCAGAGCCGGUCAUUGGCAUGAAUGAUGAGCGGUCAAAGAAGCAGAGUUGA